AUGAGAGAGUCGGGUCCUGUGCCCCACCCCCUCCCUCUCCCCUACUCCCCAACCCCCACGGUCCGCCAUAUGUCUGAUGAAAGGAAGUCAGAGGAGGAAGUGGACAUGGAGAAGGUGACAGCUGCCAUGGUUCUGACCAGCCUGUCCAGCAGUCCGCUGGUCAGGAGCCCUCCCGUCAAAGUCAGUGAGUGUCUGAAUGGCUGGAAGGACCCCGGUGGAGGCUUCACCCCCUCCAGUUACAGCAGCAGUGGUUAUUGGAGCUGGAGGCCUAGUGACCAGUCCAACCCGUCCACCCUCCCACCGCUCUCCGCAGACAGCUUCAAAGCCUUUCCGUAUGUCCAGCAUCAACGCCCGCCCCCCGAAGACGCCAUCGACGAACAGGAUGGCAGGCAGCCUGCUCUUCGACGAGCCAAUCCCACGCAAGCGCAAGAACUCAACACAGACUCAGUGGCUGACGGUCUGAGCAGCCUGUCCCCCGUCUCCCCCUCCGUGCUGUCCCCCGUCCCUCCCUCCAAUGACCGCCACAGACGACCCCCCGCGGAGGGCAGCAACGGGUCCAGUGGGAACAAGGAGAACCACAGCCACGCCCACUCAAACACCACGCCCCUCAGUCGCUCCGCCCCCAGCGCCCUCUACCUCAUCCACACUGACCACGCCUACCAGGCCACAUCUCCAGUCACCAUCCCCUCCACUGGGUCAGGCUCGGACUCUGGCUCUGCUGCCUCCACCUCCUUCACCCCCAACAGCAGCUCAACCUUCAGUAUCUCCUGGCAGUCACCUCCUGUCACCUUCACUGGCACCGCUGUCUCUCCCACUCACAGUCGGACUCAGAGCUUCGGGGAGCAGCGGCCCCACACCAUAGCAGUCCUCUCCUCCCCUCCCAGAGCCACUGGCUCACUCAGCCGUAAGUCCCGUGGCGAGGGUAAGAAGUGUCGUAAAGUGUACGGAAUGGAGAACAGGGACAUGUGGUGCACUGCCUGCCGAUGGAAGAAAGCCUGCCAGAGAUUUACUGACUGAUUUACUGACUGAUUUACUGACUGAUUUACUGACUGAUUUACUGACUGAUUUACUGACUGAACCAACCAAGUAAUCAACCGACCAACCACUGAGGGUUGCUGCCUGCCUUUCGCCAUGGAAAUCAGAGGUGUUCCUUUCUGUUCUCCCUUCCUAUGCAUGCGUUAACGUCACUCCAAAACCAAUUAUCGGUCUACUCCAUUCCAAACCGACCUCUCCCUAACCCGACCGCCUAUCAGAACCAACAGGGUGGAGCCUACUACUGUCCUGAGUGAAUCCCAAGUUAACUCCAGCUGCCUCCCACUUCCAACCUCGGAAGCACCAACCAACACGCAGCUCCAGCUCUAAAGAUAGCAACAACAACAAAAUAACUCUGCUUUUUAUAUGUUGAGUUUGUUGUCUCUCUUCUUUCUAUGUUUUGAAAAAGCAUCUCWGAUUUUUUUUUUUUUWAAGGAACGUUCGUCAGGUCAGAAGGGACCAGAAAAGAGGCUCCCUUUGUCCAUGAACUUCUUKUUUUUUUCAGAGAAGACCGGCCAUUUUGUUUUAUCUUUGGGAGAAUGAAAAGAGAGGAGGAGAAAUAUCCUUCUUUCCUCACUCCCUUUCUCUCUGUUCUAUCCUGUACAGUUUGGAUCUUUACUCCCUCUCUCCCCUGUCCUCACCCCAGGGAAUGGAUCUUGUGUCUGGACUCGGGAAGGGUCGAUAGCACCCCCUGGUGGGGGAAAAUGGAUCAAUUCCAAAACAAAUACAAAAACCUAGUCAGGGUGCUGAACAGACUAACAUUGCCAGCAGCAACAAGCCCCACAACUCCCCAUCACAACAGUCAAGUCAACACACAGCAACACAGGACAACACCGUUUUCUAUCUCAAAUGUAAUGUAUAUCUAUCAAUGUAUAUCUAUCUAUCCCUCCAUCUAUCCUUCCUAUCUAUCUAUCUUUAUCUAUCUAUAUAUCUAUCUAUCCCACCUGUCUGUCCGUCCGUCCGUCCGUCCAGUUUACUGAAGCCUAUCUAUCCGCCAGCAGCUCACAUUUAAAUAUAGUUAUUUACAAUGAGGGUUAUGGUCACAUGAUAUCUACUUGCAACCAAAAAAGUUUGUUUUGUUAGUGUUUUUUUUACAUGCCGUUUUCUUUAAUGUUGUUGUUUCUCGGUAUCUAUUCUUCUUGGUGUUUUGAAACCAAUACCAACUCCAAUGUUACAGCUCUCCGACACGCUUUGGGCUGAAACGACCAAGCAGCCGACGGCUAGUCCAGCCGUAAAGCGGGGCCACCCUCCUCCACACCCCAUCUUCCAUCAGGAAUAUGAACUAACGGCGCUAUACUAACGGCGCUAUACUUUACCAAAGCCCCUAGGUGACCUACAAGAUGGAGGGUCCGCUCAAUACCAAAAUUGAGUGAGGUGAAUGAGCACUUGUAAAGGCAGUCUCAGUGGAUGAUCUUGUGUUGAGGUGGGGUUAACAUCUCUCUCUCACGCUACUCUGUCCUGUGUUGACCUUCGAGGUCGCUGGGGAAAGUAAUGGUAAAUUAGUGGCAGUAACACCAUGUUGUGGCCGGGCCAGCCUAGACCUGCCCACUAGGCCCUGUGCUGUUACACCUGGAGUUGGGAAAAGGCUGAGGGAAUAUAUAGCACUCCAAUAUCUCUCCUUUAGCACUGCUGCACUCACUCUCUCUCCCUCUACAUCUCUCUCUCUCCCUCUACAUCUCUCUC